AUGGGACCGAGGAUGUCAGGGCCUUUGAGAGUGCAAGACAUAGAGGGAGCAGAAUUAGCCCAAGUAAAUUUUGUAGCUCAGACAAUGAAUAAUGAAAAUAGUUUGGAGAGUAAUGUACAGAAGCUGUGGAGUUUUGAAGGGUUAGGUAUCCGUGAGAAAGAUAAGGUUCAUGAGGAGUUUUUAGAUGGCAUAUCUUUCACAGGUAGUAGAUAUUAUAACAAACGUACUUGCAGGGAGGUGAGUCCGGGAUUGGACGCACCGAGGGUGGCUGGAAGUUUCCCGAACUUACCGAGCGAAGCGAGGUGAGUUCGGGAAACUUCCAGCCACCCGAGGUGCAUCCAAUCCCGGACUCACUGAACCUGCAAGUACGUUUGGUUUUUAUCCCAUACACCGAGCCAUACACACAUUUGUAGCUCUUCGCGAUAUAUUCGUCGAUGUUUUGUGAACAUUUUCCCGGCCAAAAAAUCACUGGGCAAGAAAAUACUUCUUUAUCUACGUCUACAUUACCUUUACUGCAUUUUUUCUUUGGUUUUUCUUCAGUCUCAGUAUGUUAGUCACCGAAAAAAGUUCUUUAAAGUUUAGGUUUAUCGGCUAAAUCUUGUCCGCCAUAUUUGUUUAAUAUUGUUAUUGCAACGUAAGCAGUUUAGCGGGUGAGUUCGGGCGAAAAGCAGGUGAGUUCGGCAAAAAGCAGGUGAGCUCGACGACAAGCUCACCUGCUCUAAACCAAUCAGAAAGCCGCUUUUAACACACGUAUGGGAUAAUCAGUGAAACUACCCUGGAAGGAAAGCCACGACAAAUUGCCUGACAAUUAUGUAAAUAGCUUAGGUAGAAUGGAGAAUCAGUUACGACGACUGAAGAAGGAGGCAGCAUUGUUGACAGAGUAUGAUUCUAUCAUCAGAGAACAGGUAGAGCGAGGGAUUGUAGAGCCAGUAGCAGCAUUGGAGAAAGUUGAUAAAGUUCAUUAUUUACCACACCAGGCGGUCAUUCGCAAGGAUGCAGUGACCAGAAAGGUUCGGGUUGUUUAUGAUGCUUCAUCUAAGGAAUGUAAGUCAGGGACAUCACUUAAUGACUGCUUGCAUAUUGGGCCAUCCCUCAAUCCAUUACUAUAUAGCAUAUUGAUACGGUUUAGAGAAAACAGGAUUGCUUUAGUAGGCGGCGCUAUUGAAAAGGCUUUUUUGAAUGUGGAGGUUGAUAAGGCAGAUCGAGAUUGUCUGAGGUUUUUGUGGGUAAAGGAUAUUGAGAGUGAUGAAACAGUUGUUUAUAGGUUUUGUAGAGUAGUAUUUGGAUUGAAUGCAUAA